UAGAAAUAACUGCUAAAUAUCAAAUAAAGGCCAUCAAGUCCUGUUAUUUAAAAGAAAAUUAAAAAAAUUAAAAAUCAGAUAAUGUUGUCGCAGAUACACUAUGCCACUAAAAAAAGGUGGAUGUUCAUAGUUGUAAUCCCUGUAAUUAUGGGUCUGACGUAUUACAUUUAAUGAGGAAUUAAAUAAACAACGACGAUCACAAAAACCUGUUCGGCUGAGGUGCCAUUAAUCUCAAAACCUCGUGCUGAAAGUCCGCUGUCGUAAAACCACGUCUACAUCCUGUCUUAAUAUAUAUCCUCCAGACACGUGCUACCAACUGAAUGUACAAUCCUUUAUACAUACAUACCUGAUAUGUAUCAAUGUAUUUAGCCUUUAUUUUAUUAAAAUAGUAAUAGUUAGAAUACAAGAUGCGUCCUUUAAAGAAGAAGAAGAGCAAAAGAACCCACGGAAUCGCAUCGAAGCGAAAUGCUGCUCGAUGGAAACGUGGGCAAAGUUGUACAAGUAACCCAACUUUCAAAGAACAUCGCGACAGGGUUGGACAAGGCUAUACAAAAGGUAACAGUGGAUUAACGGAGGCUGCCGUUGCCAAACUGAAUGCUGCCAACAGCAGCAGAAUGGAUGUUACUGAUAAUGAUAGUGCCAGCAUUGGAAAAUCCACUUAUAGGACAUUUGUCACAAACUUCACUGAAUGUACAAAUACAACGUUUGGAAAUGUGCACAGGUUGAGGGCAAACGGUGACGCUGUCAGCAAAGAGAUUGCUGCCGUGCUUGCUGCUGUCACCGAAGUGAUCAAAGAGAACAAUGGUAAAGAAACGGACACGGAGUACUUUGCAGCUUUGAUCACUGCUCUUGAUACAAUGGACAUUGAGGAUGGACUCACAGCCACACUUUAUCUUCUUGGUGUUGUGAUCAGCAAGGUCCCUGAGGCUGUCCUCAUCAGCCGAUUCUCCGAAGUAUCCAAGAAACUGCUGGAUAUCCUUGUCAAACACUCUGAUGGUGACAAUACAUCAAUGGUGAAAUCUCUGCUGCGUUGUUUAUCAUAUUUGCUGUGUGCACAGACUGCAUCGGUGUGGGAGCUGUCGUCUACCCAACAGAUCUAUCUUAGUGUGUUGGCCUUUAUUACCCACAAGAAACCAAAGAUACGAAAGCUGUCACAUGAAUGUAUUGAGAAGAUUCUGAAGAACAGCGCCAUAAUGAAGUCUGACAAACCUCCUAUUUGUCAUCCUAUGGCGCCUCCCACUGCAAAGCAUUGCAUUAAGAAAAUUGAAGAGUCUGGUGGUGGUUCUGAUGCUGUCAGCACCCUUCAUGUCCUGAUGCUGGUCAAGCAAAUUUUUCCUGUCCUGGCUCAGAGUGACAUCCAGGCCAUGUGUGAAGCUAUCCUGAAGGUCAUGACCCUUGCUACACCAUUGGUUGUGGCUUGCUGCAUGCAAUGUCUCUUUGGAUUGGUCAGCGUUGAUCCAAGUUUGGGGAAUCUCGGAAGCCACCUCAAUGCUCAGCUAAUCACAGCUCUGUAUGAUUACCAACCAUUAGUGACAGAUGUUCAACCAUCCUGUGCCUGGUUGACUGUUAUGGAGAAGUCUAUUAUUAAUCUGUGCAAGCAAGACAUUGAGUUGGGUCAAAACCACCUUCCAAAAUUGGUCACCACAUCCAUGAAGUACCUCCUGGUGGAAAACCCUGAUGUGCAACAGACUGCAGCUGGUGCGUUACAGGACGUCUUCAAAGAAUGCGUCUCAAGACUUGUUGAGGCCAAGCCAUCAUCUUCCACGACAGACAAAGAGAACAUUAACCCAUGUCUGCAACAGGUUGUCAAAGCAACAUCCACUGGAUUGAACUAUCAAUACCACACUGCCUGGAAACAUGUUAUUUCUGUGUUGACUGUCAUGUUAGAGGUUGCAGGAGGUCAUUAUCCGGAUUUAAUGAAGCCAGCUCUUGGCUCUUUAUCCAACAUGCGUGACUCCCCUGACUUCAAGUUCAAAUCUGAAAUAGACCAGGCUAUUGGCAGUGCUAUCAAAUCAAUGGGCCCAAAGGGUGUACUGGAGAUCAUACCACUACAGGUGUCGGGUGAUGGCCGUGAUCUCGGUUUCCCACGCAGUUGGCUGGUCCCAGUUUUAAAGAAAUACAUUUCAAACACAGAGCUGGAAUUCUUCCGGACAUACUUCAUGCCGCUAUCAAAGAAACUGCAGGAUAAAAGUAUCCAAUAUGAAGCUGAAGGAAAUACUGUUGCUGCUAAGACAUAUGGCACUCUUGUGGUACAGUUCUGGAGUCUACUGCCCAGUUUCUGCAACAACCCUACAGACUUAAAAACGUCCUUUAGAAGUAUUGCUCGUUCUCUUGGCAGUGUUGUGAGCGAUAGGCCUCAACUGCGGACACCUAUACUCUCUUCCUUGCGUAAACUGAUCUAUACCAACCUUGAGCACGAUGAAGACCUUAAUGAACUGGCUCACUUUGCCAAGAACUUCCUCCCCAUCUUGUUUAAUCUCUACACCCAGUUCUCUGCCGACGAUUGCAAAGACCCAUUACGUUUGACCAUCUACGAGACAGCAAGGGCCUACAUUCGGAUUGCCCCAACUCAGCUUCUUCAACAAUAUAUCAACACCUCUCUGUCACAGAUUGAAGAAAAAAAUGAUGUCCAGAGGUGUAUUCUGCUUGACCUCUGCAUCUUAAUGAUAUCAUCAGCAAACGCUGAGCAAGUGAAAUCUCUCUUCCAGUUGGCAUCAUCAAACUUAAAGUCCUCCUAUCAUAGCCUCCAGAAGAAAUGCUAUCGUCUCUUAGAGGAGAUCUUUGGAAACUCUUCUGAAGCUUCCGUGCAGUUUGUGAAUCAAGAAUUGACCCCCAUCAAGGAAUUGCUGGUCAUUUCUCUCUCCACCUCAGCUUUAUCCUCAAAAGGACCACGUUUGCGAUGUCUGCUCCAUGUGGUGAAAAAGUUGGAGAAAUGUGAGAUGGAUUUUAUUCAAUCAAUCAUCCCUGAGAUAAUCCCUUAUUACUUGGCAUCGAAAAUUCAAAGGACCUCUGUUUGGUCCAUUGAUAUUCACCAAAUUGAAUCCAUCCUGACACAGUAUUUCCAUCUAUUAUUUGCUGGCCUUGGUGGAACCCCAGUUUUUAUUUGUGCCUCCCUGCAGUCCUUAUCCUGUGUAAUGUUUGAAUUCAAAGAUGAUGUGACUCCAGACCUCAUAGAAAACUUUGUGGAGCAUUGCUGUGUACUGCUAAUGUCAAGGACACACGAGAUUGUGAAGGCAACACUUAGCUAUCUGCAAGUGUUACUCACCUGUUUCUCUGAUAUACAGCUGGGUCCUUACCUGGAAAAAUUGAUGUCCACCUUGGUAGUGAUGAAAGAUGGAGCCAAGCAACACUUCCGCUUCAAGACAAAAAUGGUUUAUACAAAACUGAUCCGCAGAUUUGGGUACAAGGCGAUCUACGACCUUUCAUCGGACAGUAUCCGGAAGGUGUUGACAAACAUCCAGAAGUUGAAGAAGAGCAAGAAGAAGAAAGAACAGAGUGAUGAGGUGGAGGAUGAUAAGGCAGAAGAGAAAGAGGUGGCUGCUCCAGCUGAAAGCAUCGAUGACAUUCUGACUGCUUUUGACUCUGACAAUGACGAAGACGACGACAACAGCAGCAAGAAGAAGAAGAAGAAGAAGAAGAAAAAGAAAGGUGACAAAUCUAAAGAGGAGACGGCGGCAUCUGGUGCAGCAUGGCUGAAGGAGAACACUGACGAUAACAUAACAGAUUUCAUGGACGUCAGUGCUGCAAGAAGCAUAAGCACAACCAAACCAUCCAAAUCUGGGAAAUCUCAACAGACAAGUCGGUCAUCUUCUAAGUUUGACCUUGCCCCUGAUGGCCGAUUGCUCAUUAAUCAAGAAGACGAUAAUGAUGAAAAAGAUGCUGGUUCCGGUGAUGAAGACAGUGAAGAAGAAGCACUUAAAUUUAUGGCAUCUAAGAUGAAGUCUGAUCAGAGCAGGAAACGGAAGCGUCCCAGCACAGAUGAUGCAGAACACAGUGAAUCUAAAUAUGUUGCUGGUGGCCAUGGUAUCCAUCGGCCUAAGGCAUCAGCCAGCAAAAGACAAGAGCCGGUUGUAAAUCUUGGAUCUGAAUACAAAUCAAAGAAGGCAGGAGGCGAUGUGAAACGACAAGGCAAGCCAGACCCAUAUGCUUACAUCCAGCUCAAACACCAAGACCUCAAUAAAAGAAAACGUUUUAAAACGAAGGGCAAGUUCAAAAGUUUGUUGGAUGGUGCAAAGAAGGGAGCAACAAAGGGUCGAAACAGUUUGAAAUUGAAAUCAAAAGGUCGCAAAUGAUCAAAACUGAAGAUUGUGUAUACAAUGAAAUAUAUCUAUAUAAAUAUAUAAUCUUAUUGCAGCUUCUUUUUUUUUUGUGUUCCUCUCGUUCUCAACAAUCGCACACACACAUAGAUGUAACCAUCUGUUGCCAUGCCAACAGAUCAAACAACAACACUCAAGUGAUAUUUAUUUACAGUAAGUUUAUUACAAAUGUUGACUCUGUUCCGGUUUGCUGGUUCUUGUUCUUCUUUCUUCCAAUCCAUCAGGCUACUUCUGUAAUGACAAGGAGAAAUAAAACAAAUUAAGUUUAA